AUGCUCAGAUCUUCUCGAAUAACAGCCGGUACUUGUGUAUCACGCGGGUGGCACUCAUACACGACCAAGACACCCACGAAAACUGCGAUCCCUCCAGCCGCCAAGUCGUCUAAUGAGGCCAAAGAUCUCAUUCUCUCCGUGCUUCAGUCGGCAGCAACCAAGCGAGAGGCCAAGACGUAUAUUUCACGAUACGCACCAUUGACGGGUGUGGAGCUGCAGAAGAAGAAAGAGGGACUGGUCCAGAGACUACUGGGAGUUGGCAAGGAACAGGACAACAAGGAGAUUGAGAAUCUGACAGGCCAUGCCCCAGAGGGUUUGUUGGGCGACUCGGAAGGCACUCUGCGAGUAGCCAUUAUCAAGAUCAGAGACAUCAAGUCAAUCGAGGAUGAUCUCAUUGCUCAGAUGGGAGAAACCAUUGCUCGACUGUCGCGUCUGGGUGUGUCGCCUAUUGUCGUAGUUGACGCAGGCAAGGCCCGAAACGACUUCCUCAAGCUCGACAACAAGCCCUUCAGACAUUACCAAAAGCUCAUUCUGCAAAAGGUGUUCAAGAUCUCGGAUGCCAUCGAUGCGGCUAGUCCAGACGUUGGAGCACGGCCUAUUGAGGGACUCUUCUCCAUGAACAAGAAGGGUCUUCGGCUGGCCAUGCCCCAGAUGCUCAUGCAUCCUUUGUCGCAUGGAAAAGUGCCUGUUCUGGCUCCCCUAGCUUACGACGACGUUACCUCCGAGGAAAAGCUCGUUAUGGCGGACGACGUGGUGCAUUUCCUCACUCAGAAGCUGGCCGAAGUACCAGCAAACAUUCUGUCGGUGGAAAAGAUUAUUUUCGUGGACCCCUUGGGUGGCAUUCCCUCCGUUGAGAGAUCAGGAGCCCAUGUUUUUGUCAACCUCAAACAGGAACUAUCGGACAUUGCUGCCGAGCUGCACAUGGGUUUCAUUCCUCCUGCUCAGCGUGAAGUACAUCUGGCCAACCUCAAGGCCAUGCACAAAGCCCUCAAAUUUCUGCCUCCUACAGCUUCCGGUCUCAUUACUACUCCUGCUGUGGCGGCCAUUCCCUCAGUAGGACGAAACCCCAUCAUUUAUAACGUUCUCACAGACCGACCUGUGAUUUCGCCUUCUCUACCUGUGGAGCUCAAGAAGACUCCCACUCUAGAAACCACUCUUCUGCGUGAGGGUAUGCCUGUCAUUACACUCAAGUCUGACAAAGGCCUGAACCUCAUCACUGAGCACGAGAAAGGCAACAUUGAUCUGGACCGUCUGUGGCAUCUGAUUGAAGACUCCUUUGGACGACGAAUCGACAAACAGCAUUAUCUCAACCGAGUCAACGGCAAAAUCGCAGGUAUCAUCAUUGCUGGAGACUACGAGGGAGCAGCUAUCAUCACAUGGGAAGACAUUGACCCAGUCAAGGCCCAGGAGGAUCGAGAUGCUGCCGAUCGAGCAGCUGCCGAGGCAGCUGCGGCCUAUGCAGCAGGUAUCCCCCUUCCUUCGCCGCCUCUGUAUCAGAAACUGGGAGAUGCCGUGCCUCUUAACCCCAACCAAGUGGCGUAUCUUGAUAAGUUUGCCGUUCUGAAACGGUCCCAGGGCUCUUCGUCGGUAGCAGAUGUGGUUUUCAAGGGUAUGGUCAUGUCUCAGUUCCCCAACGAGCUGCUGUGGCGAUCUCGAAAGAACAACCCCGUGAACAAGUGGUACUUUGACCGGUCGAAGGGCAGUUUCAAGAUCCCCGGUAGCGAGUGGUGCAUGUUCUGGACGGGUCGAAAGACUCGAGAACAGUACCUUGAACGAUUCGUCGACAUUUGUACCAGAAUCGAGCCUUCUUUGAGGGAGGAGUUAUAG